CUCCGAUUAUGAAUCGUGUGGUGGGCGCCGGUGUCGCAAACAUUACGCCGAGGCAGUUUCUAGCUCAUCUUGGGAAGAAGGAGAUGAAGAGUAUUAUUGUGAAGCCUUGUGAUGUGUUCAUAAACCAUAGAGGUGUCGACACGAAGAAGACGGUGGCCGCGUUGCUGUACGAUCGGCUGGUUCGGGUGAACCUGCGGCCGUUUCUGGACUACAAGAAUUUGAAGCCUGGAGAGAAGCUGUUUGAUGAAAUUCAUGGCGCCAUCAGACAGUGUAAAGUUGGUGUUGCUGUGUUUUCUCCUCGUUAUUGUGAGUCUUAUUUUUGCCUUCAUGAGUUGGCUAUGAUCAUGGAGUCCAACAAGAAGGUCAUUCCCAUCUAUUGCGAUAUAAAAGCAUCUCAACUUCGCAUAGAGGAUAAUCAUGAUUAUGAAAUUGAUGAGCUGAAGAGGUUCAAUUGGGCUCUCGAAGAAGCUAAACGGUUUGACGGACUCAAAUUUAAUUCCUCAAAAGAGUAA